AUGAACGCAGAAGCGAAGAAGAAAGUAGAUGUGUUAUCGGACGAACUGCUUCCGUACAUAAUAGCGGAACAAGAAAGAAGGACAACGCUAUACAAACGAAUCAUGACAGCGAUCCAAAAUGGCGAGAAAGGUGUUACCAUCGCGGAAAUAAGAAACAAACCGCCGCUUAUUAUAAGAAAAGGUCUAUUUUACCGAUGCCCGUCUAAUCGCGCUCCCAAAGAACCGGAUGGCUCAGGAACCCUGAUGUGCGAAGAAGACAUAGAACCAACCCAGAUCAUGUACGAUUCGUGUCUUAGCGCCGAGGACAAGGACUUGUAUGUUGUCGCAGAUAGCAAAUACUUCUUUUGUAAUAGACAUAACGUGGAGGGCCCUGACCUACCCCGUAAUGGAUCUACUGUCAUCGGAUGCCCUCCGAUGGAGAGAACCUCUCUCAACUACACCACCACCAAGUGUGCGCUGGAGGACACCGACGACGUCGUGGUACACUACCGGUAUUAUCCAGACAGGAGCUACAAAUUCGUGAUGGAACUGGAUCCUGAUCAUGAAGUAUGUGACCACUGGAACCCAUGUCAGAUCGGAUAUAUUUACAGCCUGCCCUCUCCCGACCAGGCAGUACUGGCUAAUGAAUUGUGGCGUGACGAGGAUGCUAUUGAAGAGUUCGUCCAUUCCAAUUCCGUCAACUACACUUCUAGCCCACGUCGGGUCCCCAUACCGUCUGGUUACAAGUUCCAGAAGCUUUGGGCUAAACGGACAAUCGAUGGCUUCGGAUGGAAUCCUCAAGCAAAUAAGUGGCACGCGACAGCCGACAUCAAGCAGGACGCAAAGUUCGUGACCGUAAGGCUCAAUUUCCCGGAAAACUGGUCGGAUUUCUUCUACAGCACAUAUUACGCAGUGUUCGUCAGAGAUGACCAUACACGCAGGAGCAAGAAGAGCCCCCAAAAAUCUGUCAAGUUCUUAACCAUCACAAUGAGCAACGCCCAAGUGGUACCGAACCUGAUACAAAUGGCACACGGCAACAUUACGAACAAUACACAGAUACCGUACAAGUGCACUCGCUGCCAUCUCCAGGGGAUCAUGGUUCGAACCCCGGAUGGUUAUGUGCACAACGUCGACCCUGCCAAGUAUCGAAUCAAGGACGUGGACCGAAAGCAGACUUUGGAAAUUGAUUUGGAGGACAUAAAGCCGAGUGAAGUUGGAGACUUCUUUGCCAUGAUCCAAAAUGCUGACGGGCUUGAGGAGAGAGUAAAGGUUCUGACAAUACAAGCUCCGGGUAAAAAUAAUUAA